GUCCGCGUUAUUUCGUAUUUGUUCGGCUUAGCUCGACUAGAUUCGGCUCGACUCGAUUCGGCUCGUUCUCGCUGUUUCCUUUUGCAGAAUCGGCCUUGCAGUUGAGUGGCAACCGGACAACGACUGCAACGUCUCAGGCUUUUUAAUGGGGAUGAUAACAAAUGAGCGGCGCGCUGCGUAUCACAUCGGCGUGGUUUCUCUAAUUACAGACAAAUUCAUUUUGUACAGAAGCAAAUCGAGCAAACUCUCAAUUAUUCUCAUGCACUUUCAAGCAAUUCUCAUCAGACCUGACAUUUUCUACUUGGAAUCUAUGGGAAGUCAUUAAACUACACGUUACAGAAAGGCUCAACCAAGUUUCGGUUUCCGUUGUGUUGACGCGUCAUAUCGCAGAUCAUCCCGAGUCCCGAGAUGCUCCCGAGAUGCUCCCGAGAUGCUCCCGAGAUGCUCCCGAGUCAGUCGCGUCUCGUGUCUCGCGUGUGUUUAACUGAAACUAAAUGACUGUGCCGAGCUUGAAAUUCUCCAGAGCGUGUCAAUCGGCUGGAACUAUAGUGAUAUACAGAGGCUGCUGGAAUGCGAUGAGAUGCGAUGGGAAAAGAAGAUUGGACAAGACGACGAGGAACCGAGGAAAGUAGAGGAAACCUAUCAGUAGGGCGUACCUAUCGUUUUAAGUCCAAGCUGAAGGCCACGUGUGUUCGGGUCGACCCCGGACAGGAGCCUCAAGUUAAAGCAACAUUAGCACAUCACAGGCUGAAGUUGAAGUCGUCACGUGUCAUGUAACCGUCGGGUCAGUCCAGCCGACUCGCGCUGACCUCACGUAGCGUUCCACCGAAAUCCAAGGAAGAAGGCACGGAAUGUGGUGAGAGGAUGACGGAAGAGUGGCACAUACCUGAUAUCCUACGUAGGAAGAGACGAAGAAGAGGCGGCGGAGGAUCACGAUGCUAUGCGGUCAAAAUCGUCGUCGCGGCUACUUGCCUCCUCCUAACGAAACUGAGCAGUCUAGCGUGGACCGCCGAAUGUCCCUCCCCCUCGGAAGCCAUGCUCGGUUGCUCGUGUUAUAAUUUCGAGGAUGGCCUCUUUCUGGAGUGCGCUGCUGCGACGGAGGAGAGUCUGAGGACGACCUUAUUGGCGGUACAGCAGCGGGGCGUCGUCGGUGGCGAAGAUGCGGUCAUUAGCGGUGUAAAUGUACGAGCGGUCGUGCAGUCGCUGAGUGUCUAUGAGCCGGACAAAAGUAUCCUGGAGUUGCGCAAAGCGACGUUUCCCGUGGGCACCCGGAUCAGGCACUUGCAAAUCUCCCAAUCGUCUAUUCAGAGGAUCGGAGAGAUGGCCUUUGCGAAUCUUGAGGAGAGCCUGGAGUCCUUGGCGAUAGUCUCCGGGCGGCUUCUCCACGUUCCUCAAAAGUCUCUUGCUGAAUUGCGCAGGUUGGCUGUCCUCGAUCUCGAGGGUAACCUGAUGCAGGAACUUUCGUCCUACUGCUUUUACGGAUUGAAGCUGAUAAAACUGAGCCUGAAGGCUAACAAGAUUGGUAAAAUCUCGGAGUAUGCCUUUGCGGGACUCGAGAACAGCUUGACCGACCUUGACCUUGGGGAAAACAGGCUUCGAAGCUUCCCGGUGGCUCCGCUCCGGCGACUCGAGAGUCUCGCCUCGCUCCGACUUGCUUGGAACGAGAUCUCUGGCCUUCCGGAUGACGAGUACUCCCUCCUCGGAUCUCUCCUCGUCCUGGAUCUGAGCAGUAACGACUUCCAAAAGCUUGAGAGUGAUUGCUUCAGAGCGUUUCCCCUUCUGCACAGCCUGUCUCUGUAUUUCAAUUCGAUCGAGAGCAUCCACGGAGGCGCCUUCGUCUCCCUCAAGGAACUCGAGUCCCUGGACCUGAGCCACAACAAGAUAGUGUACUUCGAGACGGGAACGUUCCGCGGAAACGUCCGACUUCGCACGAUCGAAUUGAGCCACAAUCACGUGCACCACGUCGGCGGAACGUUUGCCCGUCUACCGGAACUGCAGGAGCUCUAUCUCGCGGAGAAUAAUAUCCUCGAGAUCCCGGGGGAGGCUUUCGUCGGCAGCAUCGGACUAACGGUCCUCGAUAUCCAGCAAAAUGCUAUAAGACGCGUCGACGCGAGGGCCCUCGCUACUCUGGGUCGACUCAGCCAGCUUCAUUUGAGUAACAAUUACAUCGACAGAAUGCCGCGGGAAUUUCUGCGAAAUUGCGAGAAUCUUUCUUCCCUCUCGCUCGACGGCAACGAAAUACGGGAGCUCGAGCGAGGGACGUUUUCCGGUCUUCGUCAUCUUCGAGAGCUACGGCUCCAGGACAAUCAGAUCGCCGAGGUCAAGCGAGGCGUCUUCUCGGCGCUGCCCUCCCUUCUCGAGCUUCAUCUUCAGAACAACGCGAUCACACACAUGGAGACCGGCGCACUUCGUUCUCUUCGCAGUCUUCAGCACGUGAACCUCCAGGGGAACCGCCUCGUCGUUUUAGCCGACAUCUUUCACUUUACUUCCCUUUCGCCGUCAUCCUCAGCUACUACCUCAUCGAUCGACAUCAGGUCCCCUUCGGACGAUGACGACGAUGACGAUGACGAUCAAGACGAUGGCGGCGGUAGCUCGCUUGUCUCGAUUCAGCUCGACAGCAACGGCCUCUCGGUGCUGCACAAUGACUCACUGCGAGGUCAGACCUCGGUGCGUAUCAUGUGGCUGGGUCACAACCGACUGACGCGUCUUCAGGCGCCGCUCUUUCGCGACCUUCUUCUCGUCGAGCGUCUUUACCUAACGAACAACACAAUCUCUCGAAUAGAAGAUGGGGCCUUUAGGCCAAUGCAGGCCCUCAAAUUUCUUGAGCUGAGCAUGAAUCGAUUGAACCGCGUGACGGCACGAACCUUCUCAGAUCUGCAUCAGCUGGAGGAGCUCUAUCUGCGGGACAAUGGCCUCGAGCACCUCGAGCCCUACGCCCUCGGCGCCCUCAACAAGUUACGAGUCCUGGAAUUGUCGAACAAUCGAUUGGUCACUCUGCACGGAGCCAUCUUUCUCGAAGGACUGCCCAUCGAGAGGCUCUACCUACGCAAUUGCUCGAUCGAAAUAAUUGAACUCGGAGCUUUGGACAAUCUCGACGCACUUCUGGAGCUGAAUCUUCAGGAUAAUCGAAUUCCUGGCUCAGCUUUAGGUCUGAUUCGACUACCGCGACUGCACGUCCUUGAACUUUCGGGAAACGACCUUGGGCACCUUGCCCAGAACUCUUUAGCCGGACUGCCUGCCCUCGAGGAGCUGUUCGCCGAGGAUUCCGGCAUAUCCGCUCCACUUCCAAACGGACUCUUGCGCCCGUGCAAAGGGCUGACCCACCUCCGACUGGCACGCAACCGCCUCGUGACCCUACCCGAUGACCUUCUCGUGGGUUUAGAGUCAUUGCGCGAGUUGCGCCUGGAGGAGAACGAGAUCGCUGAGAUCCCGUAUGCUGCGCUCUCGGGUGCCCCCAGCCUGGAGCUGCUCUCGUUGAGUGACAAUCACAUCAGGAGCGUCGAGGUGUCACGGCUCGGGGAGCUUCCGUUUCUCCGAGAGCUCGAUAUAUCGCGCAAUCGUCUCGAGCGGAUGUCCGGCUUCGCCUCGGCCAAUCUCUCGCGGCUCCAGUCACUGUAUCUCAGCGGGAAUCAUCUGAGUGCGCUACCAGAAAACUUUUUCGGUCACUCGAGGAUGUUACGCAGGCUCGACAUCGCGGACAACAAGUUCCACCAGAUCCCAGCGUUUGCGCUCACCGGACAGAAUCUUCCGAACCUCAGCUGGCUCAAUCUUACAAGAAAUCCUCUGCUGAGAAUCCAUCAACUCCCGCCGAACGAGCCGACUUACCCAAACCUUCAGGAGAUACACAUCUCCGAGACGAAUUUGAGUAUCCUCACGUCCCGUGACUUCGAACCCUUCCCCGGGCUUCUGCAUCUCUACCUGAGGCAAAACUCCAUUCUCAGGAUAUCACCGAGCGCUUUUCGUAGUCUCCCACAUCUUCUGACUCUCCAUCUUGGCACUAAUAGCCUCGAGAUUCUUCCAAAGGAGCGGCUCCAGGGCAUGGAACAUCUCCGGCUUCUCAACCUGACGCGCAAUCGACUCAAGGACCUUGAGGAAUUUCCCGCCGAUCUCAAGUCUCUUCAGAUUCUUGAUCUCUCGUACAACCAGAUCAGUGUUCUUGGUAAAAUCACCUUUAAGAAUUUGAUCAGCCUCGUGGAACUUCAUCUCUACGGAAAUUGGAUCAAUGUUGUUUCGAGCGAGGCAUUCAGACCUUUGAAGAAACUUCGACUCCUCGACCUUAGCCGAAAUUAUCUCGAGAAUUUGCCACUAAACGCAUUUCGUCCGCUUGAAACGCAAAUACGUAGUCUUCGUGCCGAAGAAAAUCCAUUACACUGUGGCUGCGAAUCUCAGGAGCUAUGGGAGUGGCUACGAGAUCAUCAGAAGCUAGUGGGCGCCGUGAACCGUCGCGGCGCUCCAGCUCGUCUUCGAACUGCGACAUGGUCGGAAAGAGCAACCGCAGAGACGAACGUUGCCCAUGAAAAGAGCCAGAUCGACGUGGAGCCAAGUGUCGGCUCUUUGCGCUGCGAGCAGCCUCCGGAACUUCGUGGACUCGUCUUUCUCGACCUGGACCCACAUGCGUUUUGCUCGGCGCCGCUUGUCCUCAAACUUGCUAUUCAGGACAUCCAACCAUUCUCCGUUCUGGUCUCUUGGCAGAGUCGUAAUCACUCAGGACUUUACGGAUAUCAAGUGGCUUAUCACGCUCUCGAUAACGUUGAUGAGGUGAAGGGAAAGCUGCUGACGCCAAAGGCCCGCUCGGUAAGACUGAAGAAGCUCGCCCCACAUACUCGAUACCUGAUCUGCGUUUUGGGUCUUGGCAGCUGGGGAACUCCAAUUCACGACGAGGCCAACCCGUGGCUGUCGAACGGCUCGCAAGAAGAACCGCUCGAGAGCAGUUACGAUGGCCCACUACCUCUCAUGGUGAACUCGCCUAUGAGUAAGUGCACCGAGGUAAGGACGCUCGACGCGUCCAACUCUUUCAUCGGAGACGGCAACAUACCCGACAGGGGUGGGCUUGCGGGUAUACUUACUCGACGACUUGGUCUCAUCGUCGGUAGCUGCAUGGGCUUUGUUGUCUUUAUCGUACUCGUCUCGGUUCUCGGCUACAUGAAAAUGAAAAAACAAAGAGCCGCUUUAAAACGAGAACAGCCACUUCCCAUAAAUCCUCCCGAGUUCAUGUCCUACCGGCACUUCUCUCUGCAGAGUGCCGAUCGACCUGCUGACAACGCAUCUUCCAAUUUAGUUUCCAUGCCCUGUCCCAGCUUUAUCGGCGCUAUUCCGUCUCCUCUAUCGACGAUCGGCUCCAUGCAGACGACGCAAGUCCACACGUAACACAGCUAAUGUAAAAUUCAUAUUUUCCUCUCUGUACCCCGUCACUCGGAAUCAGUUACCUAUCGAUCUACCAAGCUAACGACCUCUCCAAAAUUCCUAUCCAAUUGGUCAAUCAUAAUUUUCUUCUUCUUAAUUGUCCUUCUUUCUCUUACAAGGCACGCCAUCCGCAUGUCGACAUUGAUUGUUUAUUGGUUAUUUGUUAUUUCGAUAGGCAAGUCUCGUGUGGACUAGUUAAUAUCUCAGAGUAAGAGAUCUCUUACGAGGAAAGACAUUCCUGCCAACAAUUUUUCGAUUCUUCGUUGCCAAACGUUAAACUUUCUACUGUAAAAAGUUUUUAAAUAUUGUAUAUAGAUAGACGAUGUAUGUAUAUGUACGGUUAGCGUAGGUACUCUUUAUUAUGAUAAUAAAAAUAUGCAACUCGAAUUAAA